AUGCGUAGAUUUCUGGCUUUGGGCUGCCAAGAGCCGUCACUGCUGUGCUGUCCAGCCGAAGCUGCAAGUCCACCGCCACUUUCAGCCUUUCAACGUUCACCUAAUAAUUGCUCUGUUGGAGCCACCACUUUAAUUCCUUCACCGAAUCCACUCAGCGCCGCCACAACAGCUGUGGACAGGCUUUUUACAAAUAUUGAACGCCAACUUAGUGCAAAGAUAGCACUCAUCGACCCGCUGCUUUUAACAGCUAGUGGUGGAGGGGGAGGAGGAGGUGGUGGAGGAGGUAAUGAAGAUGCCAAUGAUCAGCAGAAAAGUCCUCUGCCCGGAUGUGGUGAACAACCUCAUCAAUAUACCACCUCAACACAACUUCAAGAACAACAAAAAGACAAUAAUAAUGGAGAAGAUGAACAGAAAAAACAAUGUGAAGAAGGGAAUACUCAAAAUCAAAAAUUGGAAGGAGGGCCACCUCAGAAAGGGCUAGAUGCCUUUUUUGCGGCAUUAUCAAAUGCCAAUGAUAAUGGACAUAAACAACAAGAGAAAUCCCCACCCCAAAACCAAUUAAUUUGUGGAGGACCAUCAUCAACCCAAUUUAGCUUCCCACAGACAUCUGCUCCCACAACGGCUUUUCCUUCUACCGAUGAUAGGCAUACUAAUGCUAACUUUGUUGGAAAUAACAACAACAAUAUUUCCUCCAAUACAUCACCAACAUCAAAACCUCAAAAUCCUCUAGUUUCAAAUCAACAAAAUUUAAGCAAUGCUAUAGCUAAUGCUGCAGUAAAUAUAGUAAAUGCAGCAAUUGCUGUACAACAACAUCAAAACCAACAACAACAGCAACAUUUGGCGGCUCUACAAUUUGCUGCACAAUCAGCCGCUUCUAUGCCAUUAAGUCCUCAACAGGGGUUAAAUGCCCAGGUUGGGGCAAUUCUAAAUCAGUUGACUACUGCUGCCCCAAAUAUUUUACGACCUCUUGGAACUCAGUCUAAGCCUAUACCGUUAGUAGAGGAUAAAGUAGAUUUAAUGCGUUUCAAAAGAAAAGAACCUAGAGAAUGGUCAGAUGAUGAUGUUAUUGCUUGGAUAUUGGAUGUGGCUAGAAGACAUAGAAUUCCUUGUGAGAUUUUUAGACAGUAAUUAUCUCGUCUACGGGGGGCUCGGAAAUUUUUUUGGGCAUCGGGGGAGGGAGGGGUAUUUUUUUUCGAACCCUUUGAACAAAUUAAAUCAGGGCUCUCAUUCGUACU